AAUAUCUUCAAAUCUCAACAAGCCACGUUUGUGUUUAAACUUGAAUUUUCAUACAAAAAAAUAUUAAAGAAUUUUAUCAACUUUGGCUUUUUCUUUUUUCUGUCACAAUGCCAUUUUUUUUUUAAUAAUAUACACGCCAAAGAAAAGAUGAAAAGGAAGCAAAGGAUUAAAAAUUGGCUAGUGUUUUGUGUUUGAGUAAACAAAAAGAAAAAGAAGAAAAAUUGGAUCUGGUUCUGGAGAGUGGAGUUGACACACACACAGCAUCUUGUUUUGUGUCAGUGUAUGUUCCAAAUCUAAUUGAGAGAUGGGUGGUUCAUGGAGUAACAGUAAUAACAGAAACAGAAGAAGAAACAGUUACCAUGAACACUACCCACCUCCUCCUCCAACCUACUAUUAUCAAUACUCUUCUCAACCUCACCCUAUCAUGCCACAGCCACAGCCUCAGCCUCCUCAAGGUUACUUUCCUCCUCACUCUCAUCAAUUCUACUCAAAUCUCCCUCACCAACCUUCCUAUGCAGCAGCAACAAAUACUCAACCGUUCGGAGUAGAUUCGAAUGUAAAUGUUGCUCAACCACCGCCACCAGCACCUUAUGUUGACCAUGAAACUGCAAAGAAAGUAAGGAAUGAUGUCAAUUUGCAUAAACAUACUCUACAGCUCUACCUGGAUCCCAACAAUCCCGAUCACCACUUGGUUUCCUUCACUUUCGACGCUCUCUAUGAUGGCAGAAUUACAAUCUUUUACUUAGCGAAAGAAGAAGAACAUAAAUGUAGGUUUUUUCCUCUAUUUCCCGAAGCGUUUGCACCGAUAUCGUUCCCUUUCCAGAAAGGAGUUGGUCAGAAAUUUUGUCAGCCUUCAGGAACAGGCAUUGACUUAGGUUUCUUUGAGUUGGAUGAUCUUUCAAACCCUUCACCCGAAGAAGAUAUUUUUCCACUCGUGAUAUGCGCCGAAACAACACCUAUGGCAGAUCACGAAACCUCCUCUAGUUCCUUUGUAGAUGCAUCCCCUCAUAUGCAAAUUACUCAAGCUGUUUUGGAGAAAACCAAUGGAAUUGGUCCUUUCCAGGUUAAAGUAGUUAAGCAGAUUCUAUGGAUCGACCAAGUUCGUUAUGAACUGCGAGAGUUAUAUGGAAUCGGUAACUCAACAGCGCCUGAUUUCGAUCGUAAUGAUCCUGGAAAAGAGUGUGUGAUAUGCAUGACUGAACCCAAGGAUACUGCUGUCUUACCUUGCAGGCACAUGUGUAUGUGCAGUGAGUGUGCAAAAGCAUUGCGCGUUCAAUCAAAUAGUUGCCCUAUAUGCCGCCAACCUAUCGAGCAACUUAUAGAGAUCAAGAUAAACAACGACGACGAAGAAUAACACCAAUUUUCCGUGAAGCCGAGCUGAAUAAGAACAUGUUUUUUUUCUUCACUUGAUGUAAAUUGCAGUCAAUAAUCUGUUUAUAAUUCAUAUGUAAUGUAAUCGAUAGAAAAUUAGACUAGGUGGUUUUCCGGUUGUUGAAUGUUAUGCCAGCAUAAUUUAUAUUGUACAUGUGAUUAUUUUGUUUUUUGGUCUGGGAGUUUGUGAGUGAUAUUUAUGAGAUAAUAAGUUGUAUUGUA